CCAGCCCCCCAGUCAUGCCCAUGCUCAUGCUGUGUCUGCUGUGCGCCCUGGCGAUGGUGGCCCAGCCUGCCCCGGUGGCCCCCAUGAGCGGCUCGGAGCCGGCGCAGCAGGAGGAGCUGACCCUGCUCUUUCACGGGGCCCUGCAGCUGAGCCAGGCUCUCAACGGCGUGUACAGGGCCACCGAGGCACAGCUGACAGAGGCCGGGCGCAGCCUGAGCCUCUAUGGCCAGGCGCUGGGGCUCCUGGGGCAGGAGGUCAGCCAGGGCCAGGAUGCAGCCCAGGAGCUACGUGCGAGCCUACUGGAGAUGCAGAUGGCAGAGGAUGGUCUCAAGCUGCAGGCAGAAGCCACAGCCCAGGCGCUGGAGGAAGUGGCCCAAGGACAGCAGGUGCUGCGGAAGAAAAUGAAGCGGAUGGAAGUCCAGCUGAGAGGCGCUUGGCUGGGCCAUGCCCGCCAAGAAUUUGAGGCCUUAAAGGCCCAUGCAGACAAGCAGAGCCACAUCGUGUGGGCCCUCAUGGGCCACAUGCAGCGACAGAAGCAGGAGAUGAUGGCACAGCAGCAGCGGCUGAGAGAUAUUCAGGAGAGACUCCACACGGCGGCGCUCCCAGCCUGAGACCUGUCUGGGUGGAACUGAGGACCAGUCACGCACCAGGGGAUGCUGCCAUGCCCCACGCGGCCCCGGCACAGGGAGGAGCUGCCUGCCUGCUGAGGUCGGCCAGGGCGCUGGGCCCCAUUUCCGGCCAUGGAGCAGAGACGAAAGCAGGCAGGGACGCAGGCAGAGGACACGGACCGUCGAGGAGGGGUGGAGGAAGGACACGCCCCUUCAUUCCUAUCCAUCCCCCAUUAAAGCAGAGCAGUGGCA